CUACUAUCAUGUCAGCAAUUGCGCAAUUAGUUGAAAAAACCAUCGCCGAUAAUGUCAUCGCCGUAUUCUCAAAGUCAUAUUGCCCAUUCUGUACUCGUACAAAGAACUUGAUCAAGCAACUUCCAGUUAAGCCAGACAAUGUAGCUAUCUUGGAACUCGACGAGAGACCAGACGGUGCAGACAUCCAAGCCUACCUCUUGGACAAGACUGGCCAAAGAUCAGUUCCAAACGUAUUCGUCAAGCAACAACACAUUGGUGGUAACGACGACUUCCAAGCUGCACAUGCUUCUGGUAAGAUUGUACAGCUUUUGCAAGGUAACUAGUGUAUAUAAAGGAUAGAUUAUUACAAAUAUAUUAUCGACGAUCGCGUUAUUGGUCCAUUCACUUGAACAUGUUCACAAUUCUGGCUUGCUUGAGAAAUUGGAGAGUUUAUUUCCUUAUUUAUAACGCCAUCGAGGUAGUUAGACUGGGUUUUCUCUAUAUAGCUGAACGUGU